AUGCCCCCCACCACCCGCCGCACCAGCGCCAACGCCCGCGCCUCCUCCUCCGGGCGCCAGGCAACCAUCUCCUUCAACCACCGGGUGACGAAGCCCACGGGUCCCAAUGCCACCAAAGCCAAGUCCGGGAAAGACCUCGUCUCCUCCUCCUCCUCCCCCUCCAUCAUCACCUCGCAGCCCACGAAGCAGAGUCCUCUGGCCAAAAACGUCACCACCUCUGCGCAACCAGAAGAUGCAGCGGACGAGGAUGAAGAAUCACUGAUCAAAGACGCCGAGGAGUUGAAUGAAGAGGCCCAGCUAGAAGAGCCGGAGGCGGAGAAGGAAGCGGUAGAGAAGUCCGAGGCUGCGCAGCGCGCGGACACGAUCACAGACCGGCAGAUUGGCAUGUACUGGCGGCUGCUGGAGCGCAGGCGCACGGCGGCGAGGAUCCACCAGGAGGACCUCACGCUGGCGGAGAAGGUGCUGCGGUAUUGGGACGUGAGCUCGCAGUACGGGCCCUGCGUCGGCAUCGAUCGCAUGAAGCGCUGGAAGCGAGCCGAUAGAUUGGGCCUGAAUCCGCCUCUGGAGGUCCUUGCGGUGCUGCGUAAGGAAGAGGAGAAGAAGACGCAGAAUUUUCAGAGGGCGCAUAUAGAUGAGAUUCUUAACUCGACUGCGGCGGGUGCUGUUUGA